CUGCGCCGUGCGGCCGGGCCGGGCCAUGACGGGCGAGGCCGUGCGGGAGCUGCUGCAGCGGCUGCGAGCGCUGCAGAGCGAGCGGGUCGAGACGUACCGGCUCUUCGAGGAGGGCCACCGGGCGUACCUGAGCAGUGCCCCCCACUACGACUUCCCCCGGUACCGGCAGCUGGUGCACGAGGUCACCGUGGCCUUCAGCGGCAUCUCCCGGGAGGUGCUGGACAUCGCCGGGCGCCUGCGGGACCAGCUCGGCCGGCCCGACCUGGCCCAGCACCUGGCCCGGCUCCAGGAGCGGGAGCAGGAGAAGCUGCAGCUGACAGCACAACUGCAGCUGGCCCGGCAGCAGGCACAGGAGCAGCCCGAGGUGGAUGCCCAUCAGCAGGAGGUGCAGGAGCUCAAGCACAAGCUAAUUAAAACCAUUGAGGCAAUCAGCGAAAUUCUCCAGGACCUUAAGUACGAUUCGGAAGAAGUUGAGUGAUGGGUGUCCCCGUGGGAACGGCUGGAGGGGCCGGGCUGGUGGAACGGGGGCCCCGCUCAUCCCCACCCGCUCCCGGUGCACCUUGGCAAGGUGGGCAUUGUCCUCUGGGCCCCUUUUCUGGGACAAAUGGGGUCCCCCUAAAUCCUGAGUGUCCCUCAGCAGAGGGGUCUGGCGUGUGGGCUGGUUCCCCUCCCGGCUGUGCCAAAAUCAAACCACACCCUGCAGUGCCAAGGGGCUGCCAUGCUUUGUCCUCAUGGAGGUGGGCACUGUCCCUGCUGCCAGCUAGAGUGCCAUGGGAGCAAUCCCCCAAAACCACAUCUUGGAGACGGGCUGUGCCCCCAGCCCCACUGCAGCUCCACGAGCUCUUUUUCUAUGGUCACCCCAAAUAAACCUGUCCCUACGGA